AUGUCAUCAAAGCGAAAGAGUUCUAUCACUAUUACUCUUCCCUAUCAAUGUACUCGGGCUGAUACAGUGGACAAUGGUAGAGAUAUUUUACUGUCACUGUGUAUCAAAUCGAGGACGAACAUACUGGUGGAGAGCACAGGCAUCAGGGUGACCAGCCUCGAAGUCCCGGAUCACGUGACCCGCGGCCAUGACGUGGAGCUGCGCUGUUCGUGGGAUCUGACGUCACACAAGCUCUACUCGGUCAAGUGGUACCGAGACGGACAGGAAUUCUACCGCUUCCUGCCCUCCGAAGAUCCGCCGAGGGCAACGCUGCCUCUGAGGGGUGUUCAUGUGAAUGAGUCAGCCUCGACGGGACCUCGAGUCGUCCUCACCCGCCUUGACCUCGACUCCAGCGGCCGCUACAAGUGCGAGGUCAUCUCUGACUGGCCCGAGUUCCACACCGCAGAUCGGAGUGCCAUUCUGCUGGUGGUUGGUGAGUGCCAGAGAAAUAUGUUGAAUGUUCGAGUACCAGGAUCGAGUGCCAAGGGUAAAGUGCCAGGGACAGUGGCAUGUACUGAUGGUCCAAAGAUCGAGUGCCAAGGGUAA